UCCUGCUUUUGUUAUUUGCGGAAUAAUAACGCGUGUUGAAUUAUACUGUGUGUGGCAUUUUACAAGGCAGUUCACACGGGCACAUACACAUAGAGAGGUUGAGUCUGUGCAUUCGGUAGGGAAUUUACAUCAUAUAUCGUCAAAAUACCCGGAUUUUCAUCAUCAAAUUGUGCUUCAAGUUGUUCACCAGGCUGUACCCCGGGUCUAGGGUUCAUGUGGAUGUUACACACGACGGAAUAUGAUUUGAUGGAUUACCGAUAAAGGCAGAUUCGCGGGUCGACCUCGAGCCGUGCUGUGUGUAGCGACUGGUCGAUCGCAGUACAUUCCAUGCAGACGUCGUUUCCUAUGUUUUUUGUAUGUGUAGAGUCAUUCUAGUGUGGGAUUGUAUGAACAGUACAAUCUAAAUGAAGACUGGUGUAAUUUUUGGGAUAUAAUUUAUACUAACAAACCCAGCGAUGUAUCCUAAUCGCCACCCGACGCCGCAUCAACCCGGCCAGCCGUUCAAAUUUACGGUGGCGGAAUCGUGCGAUCGAAUAAAAGAGGAAUUCAGCUUUCUGCAAGCCCAAUAUCACAGUUUAAAAAUGGAAUGUGAGAAACUGGCCCAGGAAAAGACAGAAAUGCAACGACACUAUGUCAUGUAUUACGAGAUGUCCUAUGGAUUAAAUGUGGAAAUGCAUAAACAGACUGAAAUUGCUAAGAGGCUGAAUGCUAUUUGUGCUCAGGUCAUUCCAUUUCUCUCUCAGGAGCAUCAGCAGCAAGUGGCGGCAGCAGUAGAAAGAGCCAAACAGGUGACUAUGACCGAACUCAAUGCCAUCAUUGGGCAGCAAAUGCAGGCUGGCCAACAUUUAGCAGGGGCACAUGCCCAUGGGGCGCCACCCUUCCCGAUGCCACCCCACCCCCCGGGACUCCAGCCUCCAGGACUGCCGUCUAGUACAGCGUCGACUCUCCUCGCCCUCACUGGCCACAGCGCUCUUGGGCUCUCUACACACCUCAACUCACUCAAGGAGGAAAAAGAUGAAAAACAUAGAUCUUCUACCUCGCCCGGGGACAGGGACAAAUACGGAGAAAAAUAUGCGGAGAAAUUCAGCGAAAAAUAUCCAUCACACCGUAGCCGAACUCCCGAAGUAAACGAAAAUGCAUCAAAAAAGCGUAGAACAGAGGAAAAGUCUGUGGAUAGUGACGCGGAAAAAAGCGACUCCGAGCUGGUUGUCGACGUUGGGGAGGUGAGAAGCAACGAACCAAUCACUGACACAGCUCCUCCUAUGAAUGGAGACUUAUCCCCAAGAGAAAAAGUCCCCAAAGAGCUCCCAAAGAAAUCUGAGGAUCGGAUAAGUCCUAGGAGUGAUGCCUCCUCGCAUGGAAGUGUCGCAUCCAACAAACAUGGCCGAGAGAAUGAAAAGGCAUCAACUCCCGUUUCCAAGCCAGCCACCCCGACAAGUUCGGGAAGCACAACGCCAGGGCCCUCUGGAGGGAGUGCCAUGAAAUCAGGUGCGAAGUACCCCCUUGCAGGUUCCUAUCCCCCUUUUAUGCCCCCAGGCGGACCCCACGGUCUACCCGCGGAGAUCCCUCCAGCCAGCUAUAGCAACGGAAUACUCCACAACAAUAUCUCCCCAAACCCCGCCAUCGGCAACUACCACCGCCCUCUGUUCGACCCCCACCCCCCAGCGAUGAGGCCCGGGGCAGGCAUGGGAGGAAUCCCCGGGGGAAAGCCAGCAUAUUCCUUCCACGUUAGCGUUGAUGGUCAGAUGCAGCCAGUACCAUUUCCACCAGAUGCUCUGAUUGGCCAGGGCAUUCCGCGACAUGCACGGCAGAUCAACACACUGAACCACGGGGAGGUGGUGUGUGCUGUCACUAUCAGUAAUCCCACGAGGCACGUCUACACCGGAGGCAAGGGGUGUGUAAAGGUGUGGGACAUUAGUCAACCAGGAAACAAGAGUCCCAUCUCACAACUAGACUGUCUGCAAAGGGAUAACUAUAUCAGAUCCAUUAAGCUUCUUCAAGACGGGAGAACGUUGAUUGUCGGAGGGGAAGCCAGUACACUAUCCAUAUGGGACCUGGCCGCUCCCACUCCCCGGAUAAAAGCGGAGCUGACCUCAAGCGCACCUGCGUGCUACGCUCUGGCCAUUAGUCCAGACUCGAAGGUCUGCUUCAGCUGUUGUAGUGACGGUAACAUUGCAGUCUGGGAUCUCCAUAAUCAGACCCUCGUCAGACAAUUCCAAGGUCACACAGAUGGAGCUAGCUGUAUAGAUAUUUCUCCAGACGGUACUAAAUUAUGGACUGGCGGGCUUGACAAUACGGUCCGGUCAUGGGACCUUAGAGAGGGUCGUCAGUUACAGCAACACGAUUUCAGUUCACAGAUAUUCUCACUAGGGUAUUGUCCCACUGGGGAGUGGCUGGCCGUCGGUAUGGAGAGUAGUAACGUGGAAGUGUUACACUGCAGUAAACCAGACAAGUACCAACUACACCUCCACGAGAGCUGCGUCCUGUCACUCAAGUUCGCAUACUGUGGCAAGUGGUUCGUCAGUACGGGCAAGGACAACCUCCUAAAUGCGUGGCGCACUCCUUAUGGUGCUAGUAUCUUCCAGUCAAAGGAAUCCUCGUCAGUGCUGAGCUGUGACAUAUCAACUGAUGACAAAUACAUCGUGACAGGUUCAGGCGACAAAAAGGCCACCCUGUAUGAAGUCAUAUUUUAAACGGCACAACCGUGCAUCUAACAGAUCUCCUAUAGGCCACCACAAGUGUUUCACUGAGCCUGCCCGAACUCUUGGUGAAAGGCGGUAUUCACUUCAAGAUGGACAUAUGUAAGCUCAUUGCUGAUUGGUGGAAACCUGUGUUGUAUUCUGAAAGGACAGAAUUCGGCUAAAUAUUGAAGGAAGACACCAAUAGAGAGAUGAAAUAGACCAACGAAACUAUUUGUACCAGUUUAUGAGCAUACUAGAGGACCGGCUGUUCAAAAAGACGCUUGUCGGCUUCUGUGGGUGUCCCUACCUAAGAAAUCCAGUUCUAAGUGAACUCAAAGUGUGAACAGGUUCAUAAACACUUUUUUCCUCGUGGUAUUUCUUGAUGUGGAUUAAAUGUUGAAUGGCAGAUUUCAUGUGGUAGUGGUUACCAUUGGUAACUUCGUUAGUUGCCAAGGAAACAGACUUACCCUGCUACACAGAGUGCUAUAUUUACCUCAUGAACAUACGAGUAUAUGUAGAUGGGAGGAACCGUAGCACCGAGUACGAACAUAAUUAGACGGAGUCAUCUUGCCCAAACAUAGUCCCUGUGAUUAAAAAAUAUUGAUCAAACAUGUGUAAAUAUUUGAGGCCAUUUUCCCCCCCAUUGUUUCCAGUAACUUUUUUUCUCCAGCAAAAAAAUAUAUAUAUAGACAUUGAUGUGGAAAUAAUUGUGUACGGCCCUUAUGACCUUGACCUUGUGUGCAUUCCCAAGGUCACUGGAUUUUGACACUAGAAUGGAUUGUGUUGUGAUUCAGAUCAAUUGUGUAUGAAGUUGUGCGACUGCAGUAAGAUGGUGAAUCAGAAUGAAUUUUGUGUCGAUGAAGAAAUGCAAGGCGUAACAAUAUAACGACGAUUUGACAACAGGCUGGGAGUGCUGUUGAUCGUAUAUAUAUGAAUAUAGAUAUAUUAAGAUGUGUGAAUAAUUUUUUUUUUUUUCUCGUUCCUUUUGGGGAAAAUCGAGCAGCACUUUCUUUUUUGGAACAAAUCCUGUUCAGAUCAUGAAUGCAGGCCGCUUUGAAGCCAUUUUCAUUCUUAUUGAUAAAGGAAAGUUGUCGGCCCAUAUAUGAGAAAAUCAGGUAGAUGGUAUUCGUGUAGUAUUGUCGGUAUUGUUGUUCACGUUUUUCUCCCUAGGUUUUUUAUGGAUAGACAACACUUCACUCAGGUCAUUGUCCCACAGUGGACAUAUAACACUGUAUGCAUGCUCAUUCUAGAAAUUCGCUUCACGUUCAGAAUAAUUGUAAAGUGAAGAUUAUUUCAUUGAUGAUUUUUUUUGUAAUUUAUAAGGUCUGUACACAAUAAGAUCGUAGGGAAGGGAAAUGAGUUAUCUUGACUCCCAAUGUUCACUGAUUUGUGUGUGAUGGUCACUUCUUAAUUGGGGAAUGUGUGAUCUUCACUCAUUCGGAACAUGUCCUCGCGACUUGUUGGAACAUGUAUUUACCGGGUUCGCAAGAACAAGACUUUUGAUAGUGCGUUCACUGAUCAUGUAUGAACCACAAGAUGAUGUGUUCACUUCGCCAUCUCGUAUCCAGGAGAUUUUAGUGAAUAGAUGUAUUCAGUGCUAUGUAUGCACGCACAUAUCCUACUGCAAUAAAGACCAUCAACCCUCCCACAUCCUCCCAUCUUGUGCACUAGACCAGAAAAAAUGAGUCGGCAUGCAGGUUGCUGUUAUGAAAAACAACACGGUGUCACAUCUGUUGAAAUUUUAAUUGAAGUAGGUUGGCAAUAGGCAUACUGGCACCUUUUUUACUCUAGAAUUGUACAACUUAAAUACAGAAAUUAUUGUUGCAGCUAAAUUUUCUUACCUGUGAGUGUUAGGAUGAACAGUUUCACACAGAUUUAAACAUUGCCAUGGGUGUUGUUUGUAUUAUCAAUUUCAUCAAUUAAGUAACGAUUUCUUCAAAGAAAACACUGAAGGCUUCAUUCCUUGAAGUACAGAAAUUAUUUAAAUUAUAGUUGCAUAUUAUACUAGCAAAGUGAAAGUAUAGAUCAAGAGAUAACAAUAUACCUCCACCGGGGCCUGCUAAUGACAGUCCCUUUUCAUAUCCAUUGUUGUAAAUGAAUUGCAUGCAUGUUGUGUAAAAGACGAGAAACGAGUGUGUUAUCGUGCUAAAUGAAUGUAUAAUAUUAGAGUUGGGUUAACAGGGGUGCGCUGAGGAAUAGUGUGUUUACCUGUACAACAGUUAGAUCACAUAGCAUAUAUGUAUAAUAUAAAAAAUGAAGUUUGACUGGAGUGCGACAGGGGGUAUCUGUUCGUGUGCUGAAAAAAGUCCAAUAUUCACCUCUCCCGUUCAUAGCAGGUAUUGUGCUCGUGGAAUAUAAUAUUUUCAUCACACUCUUCGUGUAAAUUGUAAGCUCAAGCUCGGAGCAUAAUAAUGACGAUGAUGAUGAUGACGCUGUAUUACGUAACAUUUACGAGAAAAUUGCGGUUUGUCUUCUCGCCAUGGACACGGAAAGAUGUGACAUUUCUAGUCAGUAGGUUUCCCCUUCACAGAUGUCCAAGGGUAUAUAUAUCAAAGUCUGUUGUACGUAGUAGGUCAGUCUGGUUAGUUCCUCUUCUGUUUAAAAAACAACAACAAAUAAGUAAUGUUACUGAUGUUCUAGCCAGCAUCAAAUAUCAUUUGUUUGCUUGAAUGGUGAGAAAAAAUGUUAUGUUUUACAUUUUGAUAACUUCAAAUGCAUUCAGUAUUGGUAGAAAAAUAAUGAAAAAAUUGAAAUCAAUUUUCUGUUCAAUAAAAUAUUUAUGUGAGACUUAAGAAAUAUACUAUUAUUGUUCAACCCAAAUGUUGUUUCUUUUUUAAAUUGCAUUCAGUAUUGGUAAAAUUACCAGAAAGUGGUGAAUGAUUUUUUUUUAAAUGAUAAAAAGCACAGAUUAGAACUUUGUUAUAUGAAAGAUACUCACAACUCUAUUUGUUUGUUGUAAGACACAGCCAAUUUCUCACAUUUCAUAAAAAACGGCAGCAAGACACGUUUUGUAGGGUACUAGCAUGAUUGUCUGUCACUCACUGACAUGUACGUAUAGACAGAUGGUAGAUUAGAUACAGAUAUACAUUCCCCCAGACUGUGUAUAACAACAGUAGGAUCAUUUCAAAAAGACAUCUGAUUGGCUCUUCUUUAUCUUGGACUGGUUCUCUCCCCUUUGUUGCUCCUUAUCCUACAGGUGGCACUUCAGUCUGCUCAAGUACCAUUCAUGAUAUGACUAUCUCUCUUAUCCGGUAAUGGGGUUAGCCAUUGCACAGUUGCACCAUGGGAUUGAAAUAAUCAUUGGUAGAUGGUGCCACCUGCUAGCAGGUCAACAUCUAGAACUCCUUUGCAUAUGCUUUUGAACUUGUAUAAUCUUCCACAGGUGUCAGCACCAGUUAGAUGUAGGGCAUGUUGCACAGGUGGCAGCACCAGUUCUGUGAGACAUGUUACACAGGUGGCAGCACCAGUUUUGUAAAACCUGUUGCACAGGUGGCAGCACCAGUUCUGUGAAACCUGUUACAAAGGUGGCAGCACCAAUUCUGUGAAACCUGUUGCACAGGUGGCAGCACCAGUUCUGUGCAGCAUGUUUCACAGGUGGCAGCACCAGUUCUGUGAGACAUGUUACACAGGUGGCAGCACCAGUUCUGUGGAGUAUGUUACACAGGUGGCAGCACCAGUUCUGUGAAACCUAUUACACAGGUGGCAGCACCAGUUUUGUGGAGUAUGUUACACAGGUGGCAGCACCAGUUCUGUGAAACCUGUUACACAGGUAGCAGCACCAGUUCUGUGAAACCUGUUGCACAGGUGACAGCACCAGUUCUGUGAAACCUGUUGCACAGGUGGCAGCACAAGUUCUUAAGAGUAUGUUACACAGGUGGCAGCACCAGUUCUAUGCAGCUCAUUAAACAUGGCACCAUUUGUUCCGUGUGAUGUCACAUCCCUGUGUUUAGGUCAAAGGUUAUGGAGAAUCAGCCUCUCCUAUCCCAGUACAAGUGUUGUGCUUUUGCGGUUUCUAAGUGGUGAGAUGCUGCGGUUGAGUGCCCCUGUAUUUGUGGGCAGGUUUGAGAGAUGGACUAGAAACAACAAGUAGAUAUGAUACCCUGUUGAAAUUGUUAUAACUAUUCUCUAUUUUUGUAAUUAAAAGUUUACAAAAACAAAAA